AUGGUUGAGCUGAUGCCAAAUUUAAAUUUUAGGGAUACUACGGAGGAGGAAGAUCUACAAGUGGAUAACCGCAGCCAACCAUCUCGGAUCAGGCCUGAAAAAGCAACCCCCACUGUGAAAUUUGAAUUUGAGGAACAAAUUGCGAUUAACCAAUCCCCUCAAAUUGUUUCUGAUCCAUCCUUAGACGGCUAUGCAGUACACAAACUUGGAAAAGCUUUGGAACCUCAGACCCCAGAAAAUAUUGUUUUAACAAGUUCUAAGGCUCAUCAAAUGCAGCCUUGUAGGAAGAAAGCUUCAAUGAUGAGCUUCACUGGCAUAGGUAUCCAAUCUGACUUUCUGCCUGUUCUUGAAAAGAUUUGGGUGAAGUAUGGGGAUGUUAUUGAAGGGAGUGCAAUACGUAGUUGCGACACUAAAGCUACAGCAUUGGAGUCUUUAGCAAAGAUGGUACUUAUUCUACAAGCCAACUCGGGAAAGACCCUGACUGAGGACAAAGUUCAUUACCUAAGUUCCACCUUAUCUGAUCUGCAGCUCAUGCAUCUGAAAGUUGAUUGGUUGGUACCGUUUGUUGAGAAGGCUUUGGCAUUGCACAAAAGCAUGCAAUUGGAGGCUGUUCUGGCGGAGAUUGACAAGGCCACAGUCGUAGCCAGGGAUAUGGAACGCAAGUUCCUUGAAAAGAUUGCUGAAGUGAAGGAAGGGCUCAAAAGGGAUAGAAAGAUUGUUUCUGAUUGCUUGCCACUGUUUGGGCCAACUGAUCGGGAUCAAUGCCUAGGGGAGGGUUUGUGCUGAUUGCUGACUUUGUAAUUGAUACUGUCAGAUGAUGCAUGCGUAGGCCAUAUUACUGGAUUCAUCAGUUAUGCAGUACACGAAAGGACAACAGAAAUGCAGACAGUACCUGUUUCUGCUGCUUGUGCUUAUUUUUGUUAUGUUCUGAAUACCCAUUUUUGUUCCGGCUGAAUGCAAUGAUUUUUCUGCUUGCCUUGAUGUAUACGUACUCUGUACAUUAUUAUGAAAUAUUUUACUAUUUGGA